AUGUCUGAGAAAACACCCGAAACAGCAGCGGCACCAUUUGACAGUCUUCUGAACUUCCGCGAUGUCGCCCCGCUGGUCAAUAAAGCCAGUAAGAACCCAAUCUUGAGACGUGGCCAGCUAUAUCGCAGUGCGCGUCCAGAUGGAGCUUCGGACGGUGACAAAGGGAGGCUACAGGACAUUUGCCGUAUCAAGACGAUAAUAGACCUUCGAAGCAAGACUGAGCAUAUCGAGGCUGCACAAAAAUAUUCUAAAGCCGUCAAGGUCGCGAACUCGAGCGUGGUGCCUUUGUCUAAUGAUCAAGUUGCCAUACCCCUCGAAAUCCCUAGGAUCAACUAUGCUUACAUUAACCUGAACGGACGUGGUUUCGAGAGGCAUCUGGUAUGGCAACUGAGUUACAAAAACCUAGCAUACCUUGCUGGUUACAUGUUGCUUGGUUAUCGAUUGGAAGGUAUCAGUAUCAUUGGAAAGAAUGUGCUACAGCCCCGAGGCUUAAUUGGGCUCGCAAAGGAUACCUUACAACACAGUGGACCUGAGAUUAAGGAAGUGUUCAAAGUGUUGUCCAAUGUUGAAUCAUAUCCAGUACUGGUACACUGUACGCAAGGUAAAGACAGGACCGGUCUUAUUGUGUUACUCGUCCUACUUUUGUGCGGAAUCGACCCUGCCCUGAUCAGUGACGAUUAUACAAAGUCCGAACAGGAGCUCGCGCCAGAAUUCGAAGAUAGGAUGAAGGAAAUUUCGAGCAUUGGCCUGGACGAGACGUUCGCCAAGUGUCCUUCCGAUUUCGUACCUAAGAUCGUGGGUUUCAUUGACACCGAAUACGAAGGAGUUGAAAAUUACCUGAGAAAGAUUGGCGUGGAGGAGGAACAGAUACAUACCAUUUGCAAACAAAUGCUACUGUAG